GGGGUUACCUUACCGAGGUCGGCAUUGUAAGAUUCAGUACACUUGACGAGUCACCACUGCUCAGGUAAGUAAAUCCUAAAUCAUGUACUCAGGUUUCUCCUCUUACUUGCGAAUGUGUCAGGGGUUGGGUUUUUUCUUCUUUAUCUUGUCAUGUGUCUGGUUGGGAGGACCUUGCUCUUGUAGUGCACGCACAGACAGCAUCAAACUUGGGGAAGGGCUUCCAUUCUCGGAGAAUUUACUGGUUUCGGCACAAGGGACUUUCACACUCGGGUUCUUCAGCCUGGACACGGGCACUUAUUUAGGAAUCUGGUACACAAGUGAUGUUAACAACAAGAAAGUCUGGGUUGCUAACAGAGAUAAGCCUAUAUCUGGCACCAAUGCAAAUCUCAUGUUGGAUGGCAAUGGCACAUUGAUGAUCAUUCAUAGUGGGGGUGAUCCAAUUGUCUUGAAUUCCAAUCAAGCAUCCGGAAACUCCAUAGCUACCCUGCUUGAUUCUGGAAAUUUUGUUGUGGCAGAGUUAAAUACAGAUGGAUCGGUGAAGCAGACACUAUGGGAAAGUUUCGAUGAUCCUACAGACACGCUCCUGCCUGGGAUGAAACUAGGCAUCAACUUGAAAACCAGGCAAAACUGGUCACUCGCUUCGUGGAUAAACGAACAAGUGCCUGCUCCUGGGACUUUCACUCUAGAAUGGAAUGGCACACAACUGGUAAUGAAACGCCGAGGGGACAUCUACUGGAGCAGUGGAAUUCUGAAAGAUCAGAGUUUUGAGUUCAUUCAAACUCACCAUAACAUCUACUAUUUCAUCAGUGUUUGUAAUGACAACGAGAUCUACUUCAGCUAUUCAGUUCAAGACGGAGCUAUUUCAAAGUGGGUAUUGAACUGGAGAGGGGGAUUUUUUGACACUUACGGAACUCUAUUCGUGAAGGAAGAUAUGUGUGAUCCUUAUGACAAAUAUCCAGGGUGUGCAGUGCAAGAGCCACCCACUUGCAGGACUAGAGACUUCCAAUUCAUGAAGCAAUCGGUUCUCAAUUCAGGAUAUCCAUCAUUAAUGAACAUAGAUACGAGCUUGGGCCUUAGUGAUUGUCAGGCUAUAUGCAAGAACAAUUGUUCUUGUACUGCUUGUAAUACUGUAUUCACCAAUGGAACUGGAUGUCAGUUUUGGAGGGAUAAAUUGCCACGAGCCCAAGUGGGUGAUGCAAAUCAGGAGGAGCUCUACGUUUUGUCCUCAUCAGAAGACAUAGGGAAGCCUUGGUGGAUAUGGAUUAUCAUUUUCGUUGUAGUAGUAUUUCUGUUCUUGUUAGCUGUCUUUUGUUGUUCACAGAGAGACUCCAGAGGGGAUGGAGAAGGGAAGAAAGUCAAGCUACCUGAAGAUGGGGCUACUGCUUCAACAGGGGAUGGAGAAGGGAAGAAAGUCAAGCUACCUGAAGUUGGGCCUACAGGGGAUAAAAAAAAGAAGAGAGUUAGGUUCCGUGAUCCUUUGGCUUCUUUUAAAUUUUUUAUUCCCUCGCGGUAAGCUUUUCUUUAUUUACGUUUUGUUAAUUUAUAAUAAGAUGACAACUGAACUGAAGCUAGUUUUGUGAUCAUUUGGAACAUAUUUGUACCCAUGUAUUCUGGAGCUCUAUUUGCCCUUUUGCUCUCCAAAACAUCUUAUGAUAUACGUCUAUCUAUAUCCAUCUCAGCCAAAGUAGGCCAUAUA